CCGCCCUCAUUCCCCAACCUUGCAUGAUCUUGGCUUUGCCAUGUCAACGUAAAUUCAGCACGGUUUCCCAAAUUGGUUCGAUCUGUUGAACGCCUUGCUUUUUGUGUCUAGCUGUCGUACCUUUAUACCUUGCUCUAUACCCCGUCUAUGUCCCAGUCCCGUGAGUUGGACGAGGAUACCGACAUGGCCAUUUCAUACGCAAGCCGGUCCCCGGCUGGUCAUACUCAGCAACUUCCAUCAUUCCGCGAGAUUCUCCCACCUCACCUACACGACGAUAUCGAUUCAUCCACAUACUAUAACUCGCGGCCCCCAUCACAGAAGCGCCCUGGAUCCGGCCAUGACAUGGCCGAUCCUCGCUCCAUCCCUGGUUAUCCCACCAACCGGUCACCUAAAUCUACCUACGGAGAGCACCACCAUGAAUACACUACUCGCACCGGCGAACACCCACCCCGGCAGAUGGGAGACCACUUGUCGAUGCGGCUCGGCGAAAGCUCCGCACGAGGACCCAGUCCUAUCCUUCCCCCGAUUCGAGACUUAGGAUCCAUGCCAGACCGAAAGGGUUACCCAGACAGCAGGAUGGCGCCACGCUCCGAUCCCUAUGCACACGAAUACCGUGGUCAGCCCGCUCCCAUGCCCGCACAGAUGGUAGACCGCAGAAACGAACAGUACGGUGCACCCAUGAUGCAUGGCCAGUCGCCUUAUGGGCACCCAAUGGGAUAUCCCUCCGAGCAAGAGCAAAUGUCGCAACCUAUGAUGGCGCAUCCUCAGCAAGCCAAUUUUGGAAUUAUGGGGGACGCGAUUGAUCCCAAAAGUAAACGUCGUCGGGGAAAUUUGCCCAAGCCCGUGACUGAUAUUUUGCGCGCUUGGUUUCAUGAGCAUUUGGAUCAUCCUUACCCCAGUGAGGAAGAUAAGCAGAUGUUUAUGACCCGAACUGGUCUUUCGAUCAGUCAGAUUAGCAAUUGGUUCAUUAAUGCUCGGCGUCGACAACUGCCUGCCCUGCGCAACCAGAUGCGUGGAGGUGACGACUCGCGGCAUUCACCUUUCAGCGAUGUCGAAGGCGUCUAAAUUGCUCUCACCUCAUCAUUAGAUGCUGUGUCGCGCAUGUUCUACUGUUCUACGCAUAUCGCAUCCUCACAUUACCUUCACUUACGGCCUUUAUUACAAUUAUUACCGACUGCAUGCAACGAUACACGGCAUCAACACAAGCGUUUAUUCGGAUCUCAUUACGACCGGAAGCUUCUUCCAUUUUCUUUACGAGUCACGGACUGGAGAUAGACUGGCAUUAUACUCUUCUCCUAUGUCUUUUU